CGCUGAAGUUCGAGAAGUCACUUUUGAGAAGCAGAGACACAGAGCAAACUAAAGCAUACUGGAACUGACCUGAACUAGCCAUGUACACCAGAUCAGACAGCCUGGUCCUCUCAUUACCAACAAACGCUUUCUUUCAACCGCAGUCGCAGUUUGAUUUCAGACCGAUGAUGCCGCGCAACACCGAGCCGGAGAUCUUCACUUUCGAGCGGAUCCCGGAGCCGCAGCAACCGGCGUUCCCUUACCGCGGAGCAGCGAUGCGGCCGCGCAAGAAGAACACCCGCGUCAUGUACCCCUCCAAAGUGCGCAAAUAUCUGCCACCGGCCGAGAAGAGUCCCGCCAAGCGCUGGCUGCUCGUCCUGUGCCUGGUGGUCUUCAUGCAGAUCUACACGGAGGAGGGAUCCGUUGAGACCACGCAGAGUGAAGGACCAACCUUCACCGAUGCCGCUUCUUACAACGUUCUCCCCUUCCAGUCUGCUGAGAAGCAAGCCAGACAGAUGAUGGGCAGCUGUUCUGAAGACUUCAGCCUGAUGUCUCAGCAGCAGCUCCAGUCUAGCAGCGAGGAGAAGAAGGAGAACUCUUGGCUUCUGAACACUACAUGCCCAAGCUCAAGCUGGGAGGAGGACAUCAACACUCUCUACCAGCAGAGCAGGAGGAAUGGAUACGUGGUGGCCCUACUUUAUCCAGUGUACCAUAGACUUGGCACAGAGAACUGAAUGAACUCAGAAUCAAGUUUGUGGACUAAUCAAGUUCACUGAGCCUUCGUUGAGAAGAAAAACAGGCUCCUGUGGUGCCUGGAGAACCCAGCUGGUCUUUGCAGAGCGGGGCGAAGUGAUGGAAAACACAAGCUGAGGAGACAUCCAACGGAAGUGAAUGACGAAGAGACUUUAUAAUGGAAUGAAACUUGAAUGGCUCAUUUAGAUUUACUUGAAAAUGUUUCACUUGAAGUGUAGAGAUUUAUCAUGUAGCCUCACAAGUAGACCUGUUGUAUGUCUGAACUCAUGAGGGUGUCGCAAUGACCAUUUGUGUUGCUGAACGCUGCCGCUUGCAGAAAUACUUGAAUCUCACAUUGAAGAUUUUCAUGUGUUAUAUGAAGAAAUGUUUGUUGUAGCUAUUUAUUUAAUGUUAUUUAUUUAUUGUUAUUUACUUAUUUAUUUCCUUUUGUCUUGUGAAAAUAAACUGACAUUUGCAUCUUCAAUUCCUAUCUUCUUGUAAUAUUAUAAGCUCGAAUGAGCUGUGGUCUCAGUGCCACAUCUAUAAGUACAAUACUGAAACAAGAAAUAUGGACAAAUGUAUGAUUUAUGACAUGUUAUGUAGAAAUACAUGAACAUUUUUGCUGAUAUAGCCCUUUAAAAAAACAAAAAAAAAACUGUUUUUGAUUGAUUGAAAUAUUAGAACAGAAAUAUUUAGUUAACUACUCUGCAAUAGUUUUGUUAGAAUCCUGAAGAUAAUCAUCAUAAUAUUAACACCAGGCAUAAAGAUUAUGAGCAUUAUAAAAAUGAAAAUGUGUAAAGUACCAUGAUGUUCAUAUAAUGAAUAAAGCUGCAUUGAUCACAA